AUUUAGCUGAACAAACUCAUACUUUCCUCUACUUACUUGCCAAGGACCCGUACAUGUCCGUGAGAGUCUACGAGACCACAGAAGGACAGGAGGAUGACAGUGAAGCAAAUGCGUGUAAACUUCAGCUUGUGCAGUAUGAGGAGUCCAUUUCAAAAGAUUUUUGCGCAGGCUGCAAAAUCAAAUUGGCGCAUUUAUUCAGUUCUAAAGUAUUUCAUUUGACUAUUGUGAUUUUGUGUUGCCUUGACGGACUGCUUGUUAUAUGUGUGUUACUCUUGGAAAUCGAGGCACUAAAAUUAAAGAGCUCCUCUGAUUUGCGCCCAAAGUUGGUAAACGUGCAGUUCGCUAUCGAGUGUUGCAGUGUGGCCAUUGUGUUUUUAUUUGUUAUCGAAAUUCCGUUCAAACUAUGGAUAUUCGGCUGCCGGAUGUUUUUCCACAAUUGGCUGGAGAUUAUCGAUGCUUUGGUAUGCUUGGUCAGUUUUGCGGCCGACACGUACAGUAUCAUCCAGCACACCUUACAUCAUUACACUAAUACAGACAGACCACAGAGUUAUAUGAAAACAUCGCCAUCUAACGCAACUCAGGAAAUGAUGGAACGUUUCCCAGUGGAAGAAUCUACCGCAUCAAACACCAUUGUGGACGCGGCCGCCCUGUUGAUCCUGUUUCGUCUUUGGCGAGUGGUCAGGAUAAUAAACGCCAUUGUUAUUUCCGUCACCACGGGCCAAGAGCAGUCAAGCAAAGUGCUCCGCGCUUCCCUGAAGACAUCUCAGGACCGGGUGGCGCAACUUGAACAGAUAUUGAGAGAGAACUUCAUAUCGUUUCCAGAACAACCGGAUGCGAAUUAGGUCAAGUGACCGUGUAACCACAUGGACUGUCGAUUGUUUUCUUUGAUUCAUCAAGAAAGAAAUACGAAUUUUGCCACAUUGUAGAUGUUAUAAGAACGCGUACACCCAUUAUUUGGGUACGAAAAUGUGGUUUUUAGUGUUCAGACCUGUGCUAUUUUCCAUUGAGUUCCUUUAAAAAAUAUACUACUACUUC